CGCUUCUCUCUGGACCAGCUGAGGACAACAUGGCAUCUGCCAUCUCCGAGUCGGCGGGCGGCGCAGCGCUCGGCUUUCUGUGCUGUGGUCUGGGCUCUCGAGUCUCCCGGAGAGGAGCCGCUGCCCCGGGAAAAACGCCCCCGUCAGAGAUGCCCAGCUCUUCGGGUCAGUCCGGGGCGCAAACUAUGAAGAAGAUUGGCCACAGAGGGGUGGACUCAACGGGAGAGACCACUUAUAAAAAGACGACGUCUUCUGCCCUGAAAGGUGCCAUCCAGCUGGGCAUCACACACACCGUGGGCAGCCUGAGCACCAAGCCGGAGCGGGAUGUCCUCAUGCAGGAUUUCUACGUGGUGGAAAGCAUCUUCUUCCCGGGCGAGGGAAGCAAUCUGACCCCGGCCCAUCACUACAACGACUUUCGCUUUAAGACGUACGCGCCCGUGGCCUUCCGCUACUUCAGGGAGCUUUUCGGCAUCCGGCCGGAUGAUUAUUUGUAUUCUCUCUGUAACGAGCCGCUCAUCGAGCUGUCUAACUCUGGAGCCAGCGGUUCUCUGUUCUAUGUGUCUGGCGACGAUGAGUUUAUCAUUAAAACGGUUCAGCACAAGGAGGCGGAAUUCUUGCAGAAGCUGCUGCCCGGAUAUUACAUGAACCUGAAUCAGAAUCCACGGACUCUGCUUCCCAAGUUCUACGGGCUGUACUGCGUGCAGGCCGGCGGGAAGAACAUCCGCAUCGUCGUCAUGAACAAUCUGCUCCCUCGCUCGGUUAAAAUGCACCUGAAGUACGACUUGAAGGGGUCCACCUACAAAAGACGCGCUUCGGCCAAAGAGCGCGAGAAAAGCUUCCCCACCUACAAAGACCUGGACUUUGGACAGGACCUGCCCGACGGGCUCUUCCUGGACCCCGACAUGUACAGCGCUCUUUGCAAGACCAUCCAGCGGGACUGUCUGGUCCUUCAGAGCUUCAAGAUCAUGGAUUACAGCCUGCUUGUUGGCAUCCACAACAUGGACCACGCUCAGAAAGAGAGGGCAGUCGUGGACGGACACUCGAGCUCGGACUUGCGAAGGCCUGCGGCUCAGAAAGCUCUGUAUUCCACGGCCAUGGAGUCCAUCCAGGGGGAGGCCCGUCGGGGCGGCUCCAUUGAGACCGAUGAUCAAAUGGGCGGAAUUCCUGCUCGGAACUCGAAGGGAGAGCGUCUUCUGCUGUAUAUCGGAGUCAUCGACGUCUUACAGUCUUACAGGUUUAUCAAAAAACUGGAGCACUCGUGGAAGGCGCUGGUGCAUGAUGGGGACACUGUGUCUGUCCACCGGCCCGGCUUCUAUGCCGAACGUUUCCAGAGGUUCAUGUGUAACACCGUGUUUAAGAAGAUCCCAUUAAAAGCCUCACCCUCCAAGAAGAGCCGGACGAUGCCUGGCUUGACACGAAGAGCCACCCAGACCGCGGUGCCUUCGCAGUUGCUGUUGGGUGGAGAGGCCAAGCAGUAUCUGGCGGCUGAAGGGGACACAGAGCAGGGGGGACUCUUAGGAAGACCAGACCUGCUCCCACGUACACCACCAGUGGAUGAAGCUGCCAGCGACUCAUUGGCAACCACUUUAUCUACCUCCUCGCUGGGCAGUGGCGGGCAGAAUUCCCCUGCACACAGGUCCGUAGGGGUGGAAGUGCACAAAGCAGAGGCAACGGAGUAUGAGUUACACACACGGCAUGGCAGUGCCUCGUCUGACAGUUCCUACAGACGCAGGACACAAGAAGCUGGCGAGCAGGAAGGGGAGGAGGACGACGCGUUGGAUGUCAGCCAGAUUGAGACCGAGAUCUGCUUUGGUCCACGCAGGGCCAGAGACUUCUCAUAUCCUACAGUGUUUGGAAAUGACGCGGCGCCUGUCUUCCCCUCCGGAGGAGCCCACGUUGUCUGUGACACGCGGUUAAGUCGGAGCCGCAGUGACAAUAGCAAGAUGGUGUUGGAGAGUACUAUGGUCUGUGUGGAUAACAGCGAAUACAUGAGGAAUGGGGACUUCUUGCCGACGCGCCUUCAGGCCCAGCAGGACGCCGUUAACAUCGUGUGUCACUCGAAGACGCGCAGCAACCCCGAGAACAACGUGGGGCUCAUCACGUUAGCAAAUAACUGCGAGGUGCUGACCACGCUGACGCCAGACACCGGCCGGAUCCUCUCCAAGCUUCACUCCGUGCAGCCGAUUGGCAAGAUCAGCUUCUGCACAGGAAUCCGCAUUGCGCAUCUGGCUCUGAAGCAUCGGCAGGGCAAGAAUCACAAGAUGCGGAUCAUCGCCUUCGUGGGAAGCCCAGUGGAAGACAAUGAGAAAGACUUGGUAAAAAUGGCAAAACGGCUAAAGAAAGAAAAAGUCAGUGUCGACAUCAUCAACUUCGGAGAGGAGGAAUCCAACACAGAGAAGCUGACUGCGUUCAUAAACACCCUGAACGGGAAGGACGGGACCGGCUCUCACCUCGUGACCGUCCCCCCAGGACCCAGCCUGGCAGACGCCCUCAUCAGCUCCCCCAUCUUGGCCGGAGAAGGAGGUGCCAUGCUCGGCCUGGGAGCCAGUGACUUUGAGUUUGGAGUGGAUCCCAGCGCUGAUCCAGAGCUGGCUUUGGCCCUGCGUGUGUCCAUGGAGGAGCAGAGACAGCGGCAGGAAGAGGAGGCCAGGAGGGCCGCAGCCGUGUCCGCCGCUGAGGCGGGAAUAACUUCUACCGCUGCUGAUGAUUCGGAUGACGCUUUGCUGAAGAUGACCAUCGGCCAGCAGGAGGGGGGCCGGACCGGCUUGCCAGAUUUCAGCAGUAUGACAGAGGACGAGCAGAUUGCGUACGCCAUGCAGAUGUCCUUACAGGGGGCCGAGUUUGGCCAGGCGGAAUCGGGUGACCUGGACAGCAGCGCGGUGAUGGACACAUCCGAACCGGCCAAGGAGGAGGAAGAUUACGAUGUGAUGCAGGACCCGGAGUUUCUUCAGAGUGUCUUGGAGAACCUGCCUGGUGUGGACCCCAAUAACGAGGCCAUCCGUAACGCUAUGGGGUCAUUGGCUUCCCAGGCCUCUAAGGACACAAAGAAAGAUAAGAAGGAGGAGGAGAAAAAGUGACAGCCGGCGGCGGGCGCUGACGUACUCGCUCACUAUAUAUACGGGCUCCUAGGUCUAGCAUAAUGACAUUUGUUACUUGCUGUAAUUAUUAAUAAAACCCACUUUAUCCCUCUGA